AUGAUGAUAGUUGGUAGAUUAUCAAAACAGUUUAUACAACGAGGUAGCAGCAUCGGAAGUGGUGUUGGUUCAUUAUCUUCAUCAUCAUCAUCGUCGUCAUUGUAUUCAUUCACAAAUUAUAACAAUAAUACGAAUACGAAAUGGUAUAGUACUACUACAACAAGUACUACAAGUACUACAAAUACUGCUACUACUACUACGACUACAACAGCUGCAACAUUAACAAGACAUCAAACAAUCAAUGAAUUCAAAAGAAAUCUAAGUAGUAUUAGUGGUCACAAGACUGUAAAUGGACCAAAAUACAUUACAACACCUAUAUUCUAUGUCAAUGCAUCACCUCAUAUUGGACAUUUGUACACUGCAUUGUUGGCCGAUGCUGCAUGUCGUUGGAACAAGUUAAAGGGGUUCCCUACCUUUCUGGUGACCGGUACCGAUGAACAUGGAACAAAGGUACAAGAAGCUGCUAAAAAGAAUAAUCAAAAUACUCUACAAUACUGUGACUCUAUCUCUUCAACUUUUAAACAAUUAUUUGAAUUGGCAAAUAUUGAAAUGAAUGAUUAUAUUCGUACUACACAAGAUAGACACAAAAAGAGUGUACAUUGUAUUUGGGAUCAACUGAUAAAGUCGGGACACAUUUACAAGGGGAGAUAUGAGGGAUGGUAUUGCACAAGCGACGAAGCAUUCUUGACAGAGGAACAGAUUGAAGACAAGGUCAUCAACGAAAAGACCAAAGAGACGAUCAAAGUGUCGAAAGAGUCGGGUAACCCGGUCGUAUUCACAGUCGAGGAAAACUACAUGUUUAAACUAUCGGCAUUCAAAGAGCAGAUUAAAGAGUGGUUGGUGGCCACUCCCAACCCCAUCACACCAGCGUCGCGCGUAUCACAGGUCCUCAAUGCAUUGGAUGGAUUGAGAGAUUUGUCAGUUUCGCGUCCAUCGAGUCGUGUCGAAUGGGGUAUUCGCGUACCAGGUGACGACAGUCAAACCAUCUAUGUAUGGUUGGAUGCACUCACCAACUACCUCACCGUGGCAGGAUAUCCAAAUCAAACUGACCCCCUGUCAGUGUGGAACUACAAUGUCGAGCAUUUAAUUGGCAAGGAUAUCAUUAAAUUUCAUACAGUGUAUUGGGUAGCAUUCCUCUCUGCCAUUGGUGCCAAGCUCCCCUCUCGCGUAGUAGCUCAUGCUCAUUGGACGGUAGAGCGUGUCAAAAUGUCAAAAUCAUUGGGUAAUGUCAUCGACCCGUUCAAAACCAUCGAACAAUUUGGUGUUGAUCCCAUCCGUUACUUUUUACUUCGUUGUGGAGGUAUGGAGAAUGACGGUGAUUUCUCGACUCUAGAAGUCAUUAGCAAACUCAACAAUGAUCUUGCCGAUACCUAUGGAAACCUUGUUAGCAGAUCUUCAUCUGGUUCACUCCUUCCAACCAAUACUUUUCCAACUCGUCCAUCUGAUAAUGACCUCCUUCCAAUUGAUAAAGAUUUAAUUAAUUCAAUUAAUAAUUUAAAAGGACAUAUUGAAGAUAAAUUUGAUAGAUAUGAUUUUAAAGGAGGAUUGGAAGAUAUUAUAGAAUUUUUAUAUACAGUUAACAAAUAUUUUGUUGAAAUUGCUCCAUGGACAUUGGUACCAAAACCAGGUAAAAAAGCAGGUGAUUUGGUUCGAUUGAAUAAUGUAAUGUAUAUUAUUUUCGAGUCGAUUAGAGUAUCUACCUUACUCUUGUCAUCUAUUAUCCCACAAUCUGCUGUCAAGGUACUUGACCAUCUUUCCAUCCCACCUAAAGAUCGUUCAUUUGAUCAACUUUUCUAUGGUUAUCAAUACACUACCGAUAAAAAAGAGGUCAACUCUACUUUGGUUCUCUUUAAUAAAUUUAUUAAAGAUGAUGAAAUGAUUGCCUCUCCUCCAAUCAAUUCACAAAAAAAGAAAAAUAAAUAA